AUGGAAUCAGUCGAGAAUGUCCUCUAUGUCGCAGAUUCAUAUAAGGUAACGCAUCAUAACCAGUAUCCAGAAGGUACUACACAUGUUUACAGUUAUUUUGAAAGUCGUGGUGGCAAGUUUUCGGAAGUUUGCUUUUUUGGUCUUCAGUAUAUUAUAAAACGAUGGCUUGUUGGCCCAGUGGUCACAAGGGAAAUGAUUGACGAAGCGAAACAAUUUUAUAAAUCACACUUUGGUGGACUUGACAUUUUUAAUGAAGAAGGAUGGAAUCACAUUGCUGAAGUUCAUAACGGCCAUCUGCCGUUAAAGAUCAAAGCGGUACCGGAGGGUACAGUGGUACCUGUUAAAAAUGUACUUUUUACUGUUGAAAAUACCGAUCCUCACGUGCCGUGGUUAACCAACUGGUUUGAGACAUUGCUGGUCCAAGUGUGGUAUCCGAUGACAGUAUGUACGAAUUCGAGAGCUCAAAAACUCAUCAUAGCGCAUUAUUUGCAUGAGACGGCUGACUCCUUAGAUGGGAUUCAUUUCAAACUCCAUGACUUCGGAUAUCGUGGAGCUUCUUCUGUUGAGAGUGCAUCGAUUGGUGGAGCUGCACAUCUGGUGAAUUUCUACGGUACUGAUACCAUAGCUGGCUUGCAGUUGUGUAAAAAAUAUUAUGGGGCGGAAAUGGCUGGCUUUUCCAUUCCGGCAGCUGAACACAGUACAAUUACUACGUGGAAGAAAUCUGGCGAAUCGGCGGCAUAUUUGAACAUGUUGGAACAGUUUCCCGAUGGUUCCGUAUCUGUAGUUAGUGAUUCCUAUGAUGUCUUUCACGCUGUUUCUAAUAUUUGGGGCGAUGAAUUACGCCAGUAUGUGGUCGAUCGAGCCAAUAGAGGAUGCGUUGUUAUCAGGCCUGAUAGCGGUGAUCCCAGCCAAGUUUUGAAUUUGUUGGCAGAAAAAUUUCCUGUUGUGACGAAUUCGAAAGGUUAUCGACUUUUACCAUCUUAUCUGAGGGUAAUGCAAGGUGAUGGUAUAUGUUACGAAUCUAUAGGAAAAAUCCUGGAUGCUGUGACUCGUAAUAAGUGGAGUGCAGACAAUAUUGUUUUUGGUACUGGAGGAGCUUUAUUACAAAAGUUAGAUCGUGACACUCAGAAAUGUGCGUUCAAAUGCUCGCAUGUUGUUAUUAAUGGUGAAAGUCGAGAUGUUUGGAAGAGCCCCACAACAGAUGCUGGGAAGCAGUCAAAACAAGGAAGAUUAACUCUAGAAAGGACAGAAGAUGGCAGUCUUGUUACGAUUGAAAAAGGACAAGGGGAUGUUUCCAAAGACGUAUUGGUAACAGUGUUCGAAAACGGAAGGCUUCUUGUUGAUUAUAGCUUAGAAGAGAUCAGGGAUAGAGCUGAACUUGAUAUUGUCAAAGAACAUAAACGAAAAGUCGUUAAUACAGAAGCAACAGUGAGAACAAUUAAUGGUGGGUCAUGGGUAUCUGCCAAUGAUAACUUCGGUUCCUGA